UCAACUGGCAAUAUUAUCCAACUGUCUACGAAGCACCCGCUGACGUCCUUUCUCUCGAACAAAAACAAAAGGUUUUUCCACGACGAAAUCGUCUCGCAUAUUCCGUGCGCGGAGAAACAGCAGCGUGGAUCGUGAUGUGAGGGCUUGCGGCGACGAGCGCGCGCCUAUGUCUGAUUCACAGGCGAACGGCCCCGAGGCCAACGGCAUGUUAGAACAACGACGUCCGUUUUUCUAUCCUGACAGUAGCAGCGACACAGAAGAGUAUCGCAGGGACACGGAGGAGCGUCGCAAGCGUCUAUCGAAGCGCAACGGCCCGUGUAUCCGCGGCAGAAUGCCUCCGAAGAACCAGAGCCCUAACGUGCCCACGCCGUCUACUUCCACCCAGGAGCCUCCUCGCAACGGCCAGAAGAACCAGCUGAUGGAUGACAGGAUCACUCUGGUGGUGGACAACACAAGAUUCGUUGUCGACCCAGCUCAGUUCACAGCACAUCCUAACACCAUGCUUGGUAGAAUGUUUAGUUCUGGUAUUGAAUUUACUCAUCCAAAUGAGCGAGGGGAAUAUGAAGUGGCAGAAGGCAUAUCAGCGACGGUAUUCAGAGCUAUCCUGGAGUACUACCGUGGUGGGACAAUCCGCUGCCCUCCCACUGUCUCCGUGCAGGAAUUAAGAGAGGCCUGUGACUAACUGCUGGUCCCCUUUGAUGCCAACACUGUUAGAUGCCAGAAUCUCCGCGGGCUGUUGCACGAGCUAUCAAAUGAAGGCGCGCGUCGUCAGUUCGAGUCGUUCCUGGAGCGACUGAUCCUGCCGCUGAUGGUGGAGUCUGCGCAGCGCGGUGACCGCGAGUGCCACGUGGUGGUGUUGCUGGAUGACGACGCCGUCGACUGGGACGAGCAAUACCCGCCGCAGAUGGGCGACGAGUACAGUCAGACUGUGCUCUCCACACCUCUAUACCGUUUCUUCAAAUAUAUUGAGAACAGAGAUGUGGCGAAGCAGGUGAUGAAAGAGCGCGGGCUGAAGAAGAUCCGGCUGGGCGUGGAGGGGUACCCCACAUACAAGGAGAAGGUGCGGAAGAGGCCCGGCGGCCGCGCUGAGGUCAUCUACAACUACGUGCAGCGCCCCUUCAUACACAUGUCCUGGGAGAAGGAGGAGGCCAAGUCCCGCCACGUCGACUUCCAGUGCUUCAAGUCCAAGUCCGUCACAAACCUGGCGGAGGCGACCGCGGAUCCCGUCAUCGAGCUGGAGCCCCUGAGAGCGCGCGAGGAGGAGGUGCCGGAGCCGCCGGCCGAGGGAGCCGCGGAGGACGACGCCCAGUGACCGCUGGUCCGCUCCUCGCGAGCGCUCCUCAGGAUCCUGAUGACCAUGUUUUGUUGGUACGCAGUCUAAAUUACAAUUUACUAUGUAGCCUGCUCCGAUGCGGCUGCUUUUGUUGAUCAGAGGUGUUUGAUGGUCGGCAAAUUGGAGAUUAUAUCUCAAAAUGUUUGUGAUAAAUCACUAUUGGUAUGUGCCAGCGAGCGGCCCUGACUUGUGGCCUUGCACUGUGGUUGUAGGAUAUUGUGAAAAGACUUUCUCAACAUGUGAAUGUUUCUUUCUGUAUACGCCAUUUGCUUUUAUAAGCUUGCACUUGGCAAAGUAAACGUGGGAGCGAAAUAUAUAUGCAAUUUUAUAAAAUUUUAUAAAGAAAUAUUAAUUUAAUGUUAUCCAAGCAUUUUUAUGCACAAUUAGUGAAACAAAUAUUUAAUGUUAUCCAUUUAAAUACGGCUUUUGUCGUAAAUUCUAAAAGUAUGGUACUAUUUUGUAAAAGCUUUGUAGCUUUGUUACAGCUGCCCCCUCCGAUGUAUUUUACCUGUUGAGCUGCCGAUUUACAAGGUUCUUAAAAUAUUUUUAUUUAUCAAUUAACAUGUAUUAUGCGUGAUAUUUAUAACUUAGCACUCAUCAGAUAGAUAACAUCAACUUUCUUAAAAAUAUCUUCUGAAAAUAAUGUUGAACAAAAUUAGUUGUAAAUAAAACUAAAACUAAAACUAAAACUAAUAUCAAAUUAGUUGUAAAUACAACUAAUUUUGUUAGUCCUCGUUGUCAUAGUAACAUUAUACAACAAUUAUUUAAUUAAAAAAGUGGGCAAUUGUAGUUAAAUGAUAUCCGCAGAUAACAAAGAUUUUUAGAAUAAGUUUGUAUGAGAUGUAUUCCACGGGGAGGUUUAUAAUAAAACUGUAAUAACAAA